CUUUAAAAUAAUAUUCAAUAAUUUUCAAUAAAUCUCUUUUCUUUGCUCCCCCUCACCCAUAUAUAUUCCCAUUUUGUACAAGCAGCCGAAAAGCGAACGCGUGUGAGAGAGAGUGUGAGUGAGUGCCCGUGUUUCGUCAAAUUUGUGUCUGUGUGUCUCUCUCGGUGUUUGUUUAAACGACCUAAGAACGAAAAAACAAAAGCGACAACGAGGACGACGUCAAAGAGUUUUUGGAAAAGAAGCAGCAGCAAAAACAUUUAAAACUAAUUCUCCACUAAAUAACAGCAACAAAUAAAUCAGUACAAUGACUGAGGUAGAGCAGCCGCCACAGAAUGGCAUAGGCAACAAUGCGGGCGAGGAUGAUGACAACAAUAAAGCGCGUCCAGCAGAUAUUGAACAAGAUAUGCGCGAAAUGGAGCGACGCAAACGCGUUGAGGCCAUCAUGGGCUCCAAGCUGUUCCGCGAGGAGCUCGAACGCAUUGUGGAUUCGGCACGUGAGGGCGGCGCCGGUGCCAGCGGCAUAUUGCAGCAGCUUUCCGAUAUUGUGGGCGUGCCUGUAGCACGUGUGGGCAACGCAUUCAAGAGCAGCAGCUGCAUGGUGCCCAUUAACGAUAUACGCGGCGUGGAGUCUAUGGGCUAUGCCAAGGGCGAGAAGAUACUCAGAUGCAAGCUGGCUGCCACAUUCCGUUUGCUGGAUUUGUAUGGCUGGACACAAGGGCUGGGUGCACAGAUUACGGCGCGUCUAAAGGUCGAUCAGGAAUACUUUUUGGUGAAUCCAUAUGGUCUGCUGUUCCAUGAGAUUACUGCCUCGUCGCUAAACAAGGUGGAUAUGCAAGGACAUAUUGUGGAGCAGGGCACCACCAACUUUGGCGUCAACAAGAGCCACUUUGUGUUGCAUUCGGUGGUGCAUGCCGCUCGUCCGGACAUACGUUGUGCCAUUUACAUUGGCUGCAGUCCUGUUGUGGCUAUAUCAUCGCUUAAGUCUGGUUUGCUGGCGCUUACUAAGGAUGCCUGCGUCUUGGGCGAGAUUAGCACACAUGCGUACACUGGUCUGUUCGAUGAGGAGGAGCGCAAUCGCUUGGUGCGCAGCUUGGGCCCCAACUCCAAGGUCAUGCUGCUGUCCAACCAUGGCGCACUCUGCUGUGGCGAGACCAUUGAGGAGGCCUUCUUUGCUGCCUGGCACAUUGUGCAGGCCUGCGAGACGCAGCUCAAGCUGCUGCCUGUGGGCCUGGACAAUCUGGUGCUGAUACCUGAGGAGGCGCGCAAGCUUAUCUAUGAGCAGUCGCGUCGCCCACCAGAGGAUUUGGCAAAGAAAUUUGCUGCGCUCACCAGUGAAGAAGAUGGCGCUGCCAAGGAGGAGGCCGCCAUACCCAAGAUUGGCAGUCCGCCCAAGUGGCGUGUAGGUGGCGCUGACUUUGAGGCCUUUAUGCGCAUGCUGGACAAUGCUGGCUAUCGCACUGGCUACAUCUAUCGCCAUCCGCUGAUCAAGUCCGAUCCGCCAAAGCCCAAGAACGAUGUGGAGCUGCCGCCUGCAGUCUCCUCGCUGGGCUAUCUGCUUGAGGAGGAGGAGCUGUUCCGUCAAGGCAUCUGGAAGAAGGGAGAUAUACGCAAGGGCGGUGAUCGCAGUCGCUGGUUGAACUCACCCAAUGUCUAUCAGAAGGUUGAGGUGUUGGAGACAGGCACACCCGAUCCCAAGAAAAUCACAAAGUGGGUAGCUGAGGGUUCACCCACACACUCGACACCAGUGCGCAUUGAGGAUCCUUUGCAGUUUGUGCCAGCUGGAACGACAGUCAAGGAGUUUAAGCGUGUGCAGCAACAAAUCAAGGACAAUCGUCGCGCGGAUAAAAUUUCAGCUGGACCACAGUCGCAUAUAUUGGAGGGCGUUACCUGGGAUGAGGCGAAUCGCAUCAAAGAUGCCACCGUCUCACAGGCUGGUGAUCAUGUGGUGCUUAUGGGUGCUGCCUCCAAGGGCAUUAUACAGCGCGGCUUCCAGCAUAAUGCAACUGUCUAUAAGGCGCCAUAUGCCAAGAAUCCAUUCGAUAAUGUAACAGACGAUGAGCUCAAUGAGUACAAACGCACUGUGGAGCGCAAGAAGAAGAGCAUUCAUGGCGAAUAUACUGAUACGGACUUUUCGGAGUCGGAGGCACUUAACUCCAUGCAGGCAGCUGGACAUGCUGCACAUGCAAAACACGCACAGAGCGAACCAGAAACAGAACAUCAAGUCAUACAGAUUCAAACGCAACAGGCGCCCAUUCCCAGCCAGGCUGAGGUUGUGCUGAGCGAUGCUUUGAUUGCAUUUUUGGCACACAAAUAUAAAUUUCUGUAUGCGCCCACACAAUUGAAUUAUUUGGAUUCAUGCCGCCGCUUUGCAAGCUUGCAACAAGUGCAGCUGCAUGUGAUCUACAAAGUGGAUGCAGUGCAGCGUCACAAUUAUCCGCCGCUCAACGACACCACAUUGAGCGAGGAACAAUUUGCGCUGGUCGUGGCCGCCAGCAGCACGCCCAAUGCACAAGCCACAGCUUCAUCGCCGGAUGCUGCUGCUGCGCCAUUUCGUACUUAUUCGCAUUACGGCUUCAAUUGCCCGCUGUCCAGCGCGCCCAACAUAUUGCUGCAUCCGGCUAACGAAAGCAUUUGGCUUACAGUGCAUGAGCAGCGCGAGCGUGUGGUCUCCUUUAUAGACUUGACUGCGCUCAGCUUUGCCAAGCGCAAGAUGCUGCAAGUGCUCAGCGCCAAGGGCAGACGCUUGCUGCUGCAGCCAGAAGAGGAGCAGCCCUCUUAUGUUUCGGAGCUGCAAAUCAAACUGGAGCCGCGUGCGAGCAGCCGCCGCAGCAGCUGCGUAGCUAAUGAUUCUAUGGAUGAGCUGGCAGCGCAAUUUGCCGGCAGUUUGAGGCUGCAGCCAGCGGCGUCGCCGUCGCCGCCCAAGGCAAGUGAUGAUACUGAGGAUAGCUGCUAUACCAGCAACUAUACGCUGCGCAGCUUUCUGCCAGCCAAUCAUGCGCUGGCCAGAAGCGGCGAUAAUGGGGCAGCGGAUAAGCCGGAGGCGGAGCAGGCAAUAUAUCAAAAUGAUAGCGGUUUGGGUGGCUCAGCGCCAGCUGCGCGCCGACGCGAGCGCUUGGCCACCAGCAGCAAUGACGACAGCUAUGCUCAAGAAGCUGAGGCCUACAGUCAGGGCAAGCAUAUAAGACUUACACUCAGCAGUUCACCCGAGGCACAGGCGCAGCUCAAGUGCUCAUCCAUUGAGAUACUGAUCAACGUAUCGCUGCGCAAUGCGGAAUGCGUGCAAACGGUGGCGGCGCAUGAGCAAGAGUUUCGCGCCAAGCUGGAGAAGGUCAUAGAUGAUGAGAUACAUUACAUAUCGCAGCAGCUGGCGGCAGCUCCACGCGCUCCACUGGCCACGCCCAGCAGCAGCACAGCUACGCGCUCGCCCACGCCCAUGCAGCGCUGCAAUUCGGCGCCCGUGCUUUGCCACACUUACAGCUAUGUCGAAGCGGUGUCACCACCACCAGCACCGCCCUGCACACCCUUGCGCGCACCCUCGGAGCACAGCUGUCCGGAAUCGGAGGCACUGCAGCGUCUGCUUGGCUCACUGCAGCUGGAGCUGCAGCAUUUGCUCAACAGCAUUAUACGCGCCCAUGAGCUACACAACCAGGCGGUCAUCUAUGAGUGUCGUGCGCGCAUCUCGCAGCUCAACGAGGAUCUCAAGAAGCGCUCCAGGCUGCAGCUGCAGGCGCAUUAACUCUUAUACACACUCUUAUAC